AUGGCGGCACCGGAGGACAGAGGGCAGUGUCUGUCGACGCUUUCCGGGCUCUUGUUUCAAUACAUAAACAGGAACUCUGGCAUGGAGGAGAAAAAAACUGGAAAACGAGAUCUACUCUCCUCCAAACCACAUAAUUGCCUAUUCAACACCGUCGACUACUAUGACUCGUUCCAGUUACAAGGCUCUUUCUCGACGAGAAGCAUUCACCAAAGUUCGUUCGAGCGCAUGCUAGAGCGUCUUCUCCGUAUUUUAACCGAUUUUAUCUCAGUCUGUCCGUGCUAA